GCGUCCUGCUGCUGCCUCUCAACCGAAUGGGAUUCCAUGUAGUCUGCAGAUAGACUUAACUUUCUAAAGUCUUUUUUCUUUAUUUUUUUCACUGCGAUUAAAAUAUAUUUGUCAUCAUCAUUAUUAUUUUGCCUGCUGUCAAGUUAUUCUAAAAUUAGGAAGUAAUGAGCGUGGAUGCACUGGGAAGCCCCGUGAUGGACCCUACGUUUUCCAAACGGAACACGGCGCUGAGAUUAGUUGACUUGGCAGGGGCUCACCACCAUCACCAUCAUCACCACCAUACCCCUCAGAGCGUGACAGGCUUCCCGGGGUUCAGCAGCCAUCCACACUCAAUGGCUCACUCGCACCCUGGGGAGAUUACUGCGGAACCCCGCCUGGGGCCGAGUCCAUUCGGGCCAGAACACAUGGGGCACUCCGCGGCCCUCAAAAUCAGCCCAGCCCAUCAUUAUCCCCACCACCAUCACCACCACCACAAUCAUCAUAUGGCAGGCCACAGUGAAGUGGUCUCCAGUCAAACGGGAGCUUUUGGCCCGGUUCAGGCGACAUCGGUCCCCUAUCCUAUGUCUCACCCGGCCCAGGCUCUAUCCGCAGGCAGGGACUUCCUCAUCCGGAGAGAUCUGACAGCUCAAGCCAUGCCCGUGCUGACCGACCAGUCUGCCGGUUCAGCCUCUCACCACGGAAUGUUUGUCUCAACAACAGGUAGCUAUCCCGGACACUAUGGUCACCACCCUGACGCUGGGAACCUCUUCUCCGGACUCCAUCACGACCAGUCUUCGAGCGGAUCCCCGGGUGGCCAAGCGUUGAAUGGACAAAUACGGUUAGGACUACCUGGAGAAAUGUACGUUAGAUCUGAUCACUUGAGUCAAGUGACAAGCUCCAGGGCUGAUCCUUUCUCCGCCUCGCCGCUGCAUGGCUACGGUGGUCUAAAUCUGAACAUGAAUCUGAGCGCGCACCACCACCACCACCACCACGGAGCCGGUGCCUUCUUCCGUUACAUGAGGCAGCCGAUAAAGCAAGAGCUCAUCUGCAAGUGGCUCGAGCCGGAGCUAUCGCCGAAAAAACUUUGCUCCAAAACUUACAGCACCAUGCACGAGCUGGUUACGCACGUGACGGUGGAGCACGUCGGAGGACCGGAGCAGGCGAACCAUAUCUGUUUUUGGGAAGAGUGUCCGAGGGAAGGCAAGCCUUUUAAAGCCAAGUACAAACUUGUAAAUCACAUCCGAGUGCACACCGGGGAGAAACCGUUUCCAUGUCCCUUCCCUGGCUGUGGGAAAGUGUUUGCAAGAUCGGAGAACCUUAAGAUCCACAAAAGGACGCACACAGGUGAGAAGCCCUUCAAGUGUGAGUUUGACGGCUGCGACCGACGCUUCGCGAACAGUAGUGACCGGAAGAAGCACUCACACGUGCACACCAGCGAUAAGCCCUACAACUGCAAAGUGCGAGGCUGCGAUAAAUCCUACACACACCCCAGCUCCUUGCGGAAACACAUGAAGGUGCACUGCAAGUCCCCCCCGCCCAGCUCCGGGUACGAGUCCUCCACGCCGUCCCUGGUAUCCCCCUCGUCGGACAUGGGCCGGGAGCCAGGGUCCUCCUCGGAGCCGGUGGGAGCCUCCCAGCCGGCCAAUCUAAGUGAAUGGUACGUGUGCCACAGUUCAGGUGCCAGUGGUGUCCAAACACCCCCCAGUGGGGCCUCCACACCAGACCCCUCAGACGAGCCACCUUACAGGAACCAAGAGCCGAGGGACGCGUUUUAAUCUGGACUUGAACGCAUCAUUGACGCGUUUAAAUCUGGACUUGAACGCAUCAUGGACACAUUUUGAAAGCCUCACUGUUCUAAACGGCUUGGCUGCGGUGCCUAUACGCCUCUUGGAAGAGCUACCCAACAUUUGGAAGGUGCAGACCCUAAAGACGUGCUAAUUUCCAGGCACUCUAAAAAUAUAUAUUUUGAAAGCUCAGCUGUUUAAAAGCUUGGCUCGGUGCCUGACGGUCCACUUGUGGAGAGUCGUGUAAAUCCCGUUAGACUGUUCAUGUGGUAUUUUUAUUAGGCUAUAGGCAUGUUGGUGUACAAUUAUUUUGUAAAUUCAAUAUGUUUUUAUUUAUUUUUCAAUCUGAUAUUGAAGGGAAUUUUUUGUAUUAUCGAACCAAAGUGCAUGUUUCAAUUCGGAGGGAAAAAAAUGUACAUUUGUAAAUUUUGUAAGUUUCGAUGUGUUGGUGUUUGCAGUUAUUUGUACAAAUCGUUUGUAUGUUUAUUUUUUCCCCAUGUGUGCAGAAGGCUCAACAAUUUGAACUGUUUCAUACGCCUGCAGUAUUUGAUAUACGACCGUGAAAUUAUAAAUGUUUUAUCAAAGUGGGCAUUUUGUGAUUUUGUAUCUUUGUCGUCAAUAUAAAUAUAUAUUUUUUCUUUUGUUUUUUUGUUGGAAUAUCUGAAAACGAACGGCACUCAAAACGCGUACCGA